AUGCCGCCGCCGCCGCCGCCGCCGCCGCCGCUUGUCGACGACGUCAUCGCCGAGAUCCUCCUCCGCCUCCCGCCGGACGAGCCCGAGCACCUCAUCCGCGCCGCCCUCGUCUGCAAGCCGUGGCUCCGCGUCAUCUGCGACCCCGGCUUCCGCCGCAGCUACCGCGACUUCCACGGCGCCCCUCCCCUCCUUGGCUUCCUCCACCGCCGCAUGGUGAUCCAAGGGGAUUCUCCUGCCCGCUUCGCCUCCACCACGUCGGUGCCAGAGUUCCCCCACCCGGGCUCCGACACCUUCGACUGUCGCCACGGCCGCGUCCUCCUCCACAUGUUCCCGGGUUUCCUCGUCUGGGACCCCGUCACGGGCGACAGGCACCACCUGCCACCUGAGCCGGAGGAGAUCGACUGGCUCAUCUACUCCGCCGCCGUGCUCUGCGCCGCCGACGGCUGCGACCACCUCGACUGCCACGGCGGCCCCUUCCGCGUCGUCUUCGCGGCCACCCAUGAGGUCAAGGACAUCAUACUUGCGAGCGUCUACUCAUCAGAGAUGGGUGCGUGGAGUGCGCCGGUGUGCCUCGACAACAACACCUGCGAAAUCUAUGCCCGGCAUGUGCUGCGAGAGGGAGGUGCAACACCCUACGGUCUCUACUACACACCCUAUCUGCAGCCUAGGCGAGGCACCCUUGUUGGAGAUGCAGUCUACUUCACUGUUCGCGAGGGCAACGGAAUCGUCAAGUAUGAUUUGAGCAAGGACCGCUUAUCCAUGAUUGACCCACCGACACCAGACAUGUACUACAUUACCCUCAUGGCGAUGGAGGACAGCACUUCACUGGGCUUUGCCUGCAUUCAAGGGUCCACCCUGAAUAUGUGGUCAAGGAUGAUGGAUACAGAAGAAGCUGCUGCAGAAUGGGUACAAUGCAGGGCCAUCGAGCUGGAGAAAGCAAUACCUGUUAGUGUUGCCAAUCCCAGUGACAAACCAUUCGUGGUCGGCUUUGCAGAGGGUGUGGGUGUCAUCUUCGUUAGCUCAGGUGUAGGCUUAUUUACGAUCAAGCUCAGUUCUGGGCUGGUUAAGAAGGUUGAUGAGCCUGGAAAACACUUUAGCGUCCUACCCUACAUGAGCUACUACCUUCCAAAAACAGGCAAUGGUGGUGGACAUGAUGCAGCUGAUCUUCCGCACAAUACUUAAGAGAUUGCCCUAUUAGAUAUGCUAUUGUGAUGUACUGGUUGAGCAGGUAUCUACUGCAAUUACACCUGGUGCCCGAGAUGCAGAAAUGGGCUGUUGGGUAAUUUCUUCCAUUUGUAUGCUCGACGCGGAGAUCGACCCUCUAUGUAGCUUUCAAGUGCAUUUGCCAACUUCCAUCUGUUGUCUCAAUUCCUCAACUGUUGUGAAGGUUGUAGGCACAUUGACUUGCUCCAAUUAAUUAGUACUGUACUUGUGGCGCGUUGACCGUGCACCUGGAGGAAUUAAUUGCUUCAUUUGCUAACAUCUGUGUGUUAUCUCAUUUCCAUAGACAUUCUUCAACUGUUGUGAACUUGUGACACGCUGACCUGUCAACUCUUGCGUGCAAUUUAGUAUGUGUUUUUUAA